AUGGAGCUCAAUGAUGGAAACCUCCAAACUCUGACUGAGUAUCUGCACAAAACACUAAGCCCUGACCCAGCGGUGAGACGGCCAGCUGAGAAAUUUCUGGAAUCAGUGGAGGGCAACCAGAACUACCCCAUUUUACUGCUCACAAUGCUGGAGAAGUCUCAAGAUGAAGUCAUCCGUGUGUGUGCUGCCGUUACCUUUAAGAACUACAUCAAGAGAAACUGGCGCAUAAUUGAAGAUGAGCUAAACAAAAUUUCUGAUCCUGAUCGGACGACUAUCAAAGCCAACAUUGUCAAUUUGAUGUUGACCAGCCCAGAACAAAUACAAAAGCAGCUGAGUGAUGCGAUAAGUAUCAUUGGACGAGAAGACUUCCCUCAGAAAUGGCCGGAUCUUCUGACUGAGAUGGUGAGGCGUUUUCAGAGCGGAGACUUCCACAUCAUCAACGGAGUUCUUCGUACUGCACAUUCACUUUUUAAAAGAUAUCGUCAUGAGUUCAAGUCAAAUGAGCUGUGGACAGAGAUCAAGCUUGUACUGGACACUUUUGCACAGCCUCUUACUGAACUUUUCAAGGCUACAAUUGAUCUUUGCCAAACUCACGCAACAGAUGUCAAUGCCCUGAAAGUGCUCUUCUCUUCACUAACACUCAUUUCAAAACUCUUCUACAGCCUUAACUUUCAGGAUCUGCCAGAGUUUUUUGAGGACAACAUGGAGACUUGGAUGACGCAUUUUCAUAACUUGCUGACCUUGGAUAACAAAUUGUUACAAACAGAUGAUGAGGAGGAGGCUGGUCUGUUGGAGUUGUUGAAAUCUCAAAUCUGUGAUAAUGCGGCGCUUUAUGCCCAAAAAUACGAUGAAGAGUUCCAGCCCUACCUGCCUCGCUUCGUCACAGCAAUCUGGAAUCUGCUGGUCACAACUGGUCAAGAGGUCAAAUAUGACUUGCUUGUGAGCAAUGCAAUCCAGUUUUUGGCAUCAGUGUGUGAGCGGCCGCACUAUAAACAUCUCUUUGAAGACCAAAAUAUUCUCACCAGCAUUUGUGAGAAGGUCAUCGUCCCCAAUAUGGAGUUUAGAAGUGCAGAUGAGGAGACUUUUGAAGAUAACUCAGAAGAGUACAUCAUCAGAGACCUUGAAGGAUCAGACAUUGACACGAGGCGUCGAGCAGCCUGUGAUCUGGUGCGGGGCCUCUGUAAGUUUUUUGAAGGCCCGGUGACUGGUAUCUUCUCUGGUUAUGUGAACUCAAUGCUGGCAGAGUAUGCUAAGAACCCAGGGGUGAACUGGAAACAUAAAGAUGCUGCCAUCUACCUGGUCACAUCCCUGGCCUCCAAAGCUCAGACACAAAAGCAUGGAAUCACACAAGCCAAUGAGUUGGUGAACAUAUCAGAUUUUUUUGUGAAUCAUAUUCUAGUAGACCUGAAAUCUCCCAAUGUGAAUGAAUUCCCAGUGUUAAAAGCAGAUGCCAUUAAGUAUGUUAUGACCUUCAGAAGUCAGCUUCCUAAGGAGCAGAUUUUGCUGGCAGUUCCUCUGCUGGUGUUUCACCUGCAGGCAGAGAGCACGGUUCAGCACACCUAUGCAGCCCAUGCGCUGGAGAGACUCUUCACCAUGAGAGGAGCCAACAACUCCACUCUCAUAUCAGCUGCUGAAAUUGCGCCGUUCACAGAACAGUUACUCAACAAUCUUUUCAAGGCUCUAGCAAUCCCUGGCUCAUCUGAGAACGAGUACAUCAUGAAAGCUAUAAUGAGGAGUUUCUCCCUCCUGCAGGAAGCCAUUGUGCCCUACAUCCCCACUCUCAUUGGCCAGCUCACCCACAAGCUGCUCCUUGUCAGCAAGAAUCCCAGUAAGCCACAUUUCAACCAUUACCUGUUUGAGUCGCUGUGCCUAUCCAUCAGGAUAACCUGCAAGGCAAAUCCUGACACUGUGAGCAGCUUCGAAGCAAGCCUGUUCCCAGUGUUUACAGAGAUUCUGCAAAAUGAUGUGCAGGAAUUUGUGCCAUACGUCUUCCAGGUGAUGUCUCUGCUGCUGGAGAUCCACUCCAGCUCCAUCCCCUCCUCCUACAUGGCCCUGUUUCCUCACCUCCUGCAGCCUGUGCUGUGGGAGCGCAAUGGAAACAUUCCCCCUCUGGUACGCCUGUUGCAGGCCUACCUGGAGAAAGGGGCCUCCACCAUCGCCGGUACAGCUGCUGACAAAAUUCCUGGUCUUCUUGGAGUGUUCCAGAAACUCAUUGCAUCCAAGGCCAAUGAUCACCAAGGCUUCUAUCUACUCAACAGUAUAGUUGAACACAUGCCUCCAGAGUCCAUUACUCAGUACAGGAAGCAGAUUUUCAUUCUGCUCUUCCAGAGACUUCAGAGCUCCAAAACGACAAAGUUUGUUAAGAGUUUCCUUGUCUUUAUCAACCUUUAUUGUGUAAAAUAUGGUGCCAUUGCUCUGCAGGAAGUCUUUGACGGCAUCCAACCAAAGAUGUUUGGCAUGGUUGUGGAAAAGAUAAUGAUUCCUGAGGUGCAGAAAGUCUCUGGCCAAGUGGAGAAAAAGAUCUGUGCUGUUGGCAUAACUAAGAUCCUCACCGAGUGUCCUUCCAUGAUGGACACGGAGUACACCAAACUCUGGACUCCAUUGCUACAGGCCCUGAUUGGUCUGUUUGAGUUACCAGAAGAUGACAGCAUCCCAGAUGAUGAGCACUUCAUAGACAUAGAGGACACUCCAGGAUACCAGACCGCUUUCUCUCAGCUCGCUUUUGCUGGCAAGAAAGAGCGUGAUCCUAUUGGAGAAGCUGUCAGCAAUCCCAAAAUCCUCCUUGCUCAGUCCUUACACAAACUCUCCACUGCCUGUCCUGGAAGGGUGCCAUCCAUGUUGAGCACCAGUCUGCCAGCAGAAGCUCUUCAGUUUCUGCAGGGUUACCUCCAGGCCGCAACUGUACAGCUGGUGUAGGCUACAUGCCCAAAAUCUCUCUCCAUGCCCUUUUGAGUUUAUCAAGGUCAAAAAUGGGAAGCUCUGUCACCCAAAAUACCAAAACUGUUCCAACCAAUAUAGAGACGACCAUUGGAUUCAACAUGCCCAUACACACGUGGAGAUGCACCGCCCAGCGAUACAUGGCUGUCUGAAGAAGGGAUUUUUAAGGGAUUGUUUUGUUUUAAUGAAUUGUUUGUGAAGCAACAGCUCAAGCAAGGAAUGAUGGUUACAAGAUGUUAUACUUGUGUAGAAGAGGCCUGAGGAUAUCGCUGGGUGGGUCAUGUUUAUAUUAGCUUUUUUUCCUAUGAAUUAUAUGUAGUCCAUGCAUCACAUUCUCCUUUAGUUUGGUGUUUAGUCCAAUUAUACAUUUGGCAGUGUUUUGAAAUGUCAACUUUUACAAACAUACAAAAGCACUUGGGAAUCAGCAGACAUUUGGUGAUGACCUUUGAAAUCGAGAGCGAUUUCUGUUUGUUAAUUUUCCUGUCCCUGUUUUUGGAAUUUUUACUGUAUGAGCCGUUUUGCAGUGCAGAAAAAUGAAACUAAGUGUCUGCUCCAUGUGUAAUCCAUAUUGUAUUGUCUUCAACUUGUCUUAGUUUUGCUGCUCUAAUUGUUAAUAAAAUAAAGCACUUGUUUGUCACACAUUUAUUUUUGGCUCUGAA